AUCACGUUCAGAAAAUGAACGGAAAACAGCUAAAUAAGAUAAGAAGAGAACGGUCGGAGUAAAGAGGAAAAUUCCGGUGGUACCGGUGGCGAUAUGGACAUUGGAGCAGGUGGAGCCGCCGCCACCGUCGUUGGAGCCUUAAUUGUUGGGUGCGGCUGCAUGAUAAUGAUGUUUGUUGAAUGAUGAACAUCAGUUGUUUGAUGAAAGUCCUGACCGGGAAAUGUCUAAUGAAGUGAUGAUGUAACAGUUAACAAUUUUCUGCUGUAAAAGACAUGGCGAUAAGUUGUCAUGCUAAAUUUCUGUCUCUCGGAUCCUUUCAUAGUCGCGGAUUAUUUGAACCCGGUUUCUCUAAUAGAAAAGAAGCUAGAAAUUUGGCAGCAGCAAAGGCUUUUCAGUCGGUCCAUGAAAGAAGUAGAAUUGUUGGAAGUAAAUUGUUUCAGGUUGAUGAAAAUUAUGAGUUCUCUCAAAAGGCUCAAAGGCAAGAACUGAUUGACCAGCUCCAUUUGUGUGCUCAAAAGGAGCUGCUGAGGGAAGCAAGUGUAAUUCAUGGAUAUGUAUUGAAGUCAGAUUUUGCUGAUGGUGACUUGCUGACGUUACUCAAUCACGUAAUGUAUGCAUAUUUGAAAUGCGAAGAUUUUAAGUCUGCGAAGAUUGUGUUCGACUAUUUGCCGAGGAGAAAUGUUUUCUCAUGGAGCGUGAUGAUUGUAGGAUUUAAUAAGCGAGCACUUUUCCAAGACGGGUUGAGUUAUUUUUGCAAGAUGAUGGAUCAGGGAAUAAUGCCUGAUGGAUUUGCAUUUUCUGCUGUCCUGCAAUCAUGCAUUGGUAUGGAUUGUGUAGAUUUUGGAGAUGUGGUGCACACUCAGAUAAUUGUGGGAGGCUUUGGGUCUAACGUUGUUGUUUACACUGCACUUCUUAACAUGUACGCAAAGCUCGGCAAAAUUGAGGAGGCUUAUAGAGUGUUCCGUUCUAUGGCUGAACACAAUGAUGUAUCUUGGAAUGCAAUGAUAUCAGGAUUUACUGCCAACGGUUUGCACUCAGAGGCUUUUGGUCAUUUUGAAAAGAUGAAGGAGCAAGGCUUUGUCCCUAAUGUGUUUACUCUAGUCAGUGUUCUAAAAGCUGUUGGGAUGCUAGGUGAUGUUGAUAAGGGUAAACAAGUUCAUGAAUAUGUAUCAGCAAACGGCAUGCAGGAUAACAUUGUUGUCGGUACUGCUUUGAUUGAUAUGUACUCGAAAUGCGGUGAUUUACUGGAGGCGAGGUCUGUUUUCGAUAUGAAUUUUGCCGAGUGUCAAGUAAAUGGACCUUGGAAUGCAAUGAUAAGUGGUUACUCGCAGUGUAAGUAUAGCCAACAAGCUUUGCAAUUGUAUGUUCAAAUGCGUCAAAAUAAUAUGAGAUGUGAUAUUUACACAUACUGUAGCGUAUUUGAUGCAAUUGCUAAUUUGAGGUGCUUAUCGUUAGUGAAGGAAGUACAUGGUAUGGUUUUGAAGUCGGGUUACGAUUCAGUAGAUCAAAGUGUUGAAAAUGCAAUAGCGGAUGCAUAUGCCAAGUGUGGGUCUCUGAAAGAGGUGCAGAAAAUCUUCAACAAGACGAACAGCAGAGACAUAGUGUCCUGGACAACACUAGUUACUGGUUAUGCUCAGUGUUCUAAAUGGGAGGAAUCACUGAUUAUAUUCUCUCAGAUGAGGGAAGAAGGGUUCACACCAAAUAAUUUUACACUAGCCAGUCUCCUUACUGCAUGUGCCAAUCUGUGUUAUCUCGAGUAUGGUCGUCAAACCCACGGCCUUCUCUGCAAAUUAGGCUUUGAAACUGUGACACAUAUAGAAAGUGCUCUGAUUCAUAUGUAUGCUAAGGGAGGCUGUAUAGUAGAGGCAGAGAAAGUUUUCAACCGAAUAUUAAAUCCCGAUGUUGUAUCAUGGACUGCCAUUUUAGCAGGUUAUGCUUAUCAUGGUUCUGUGGCUAAGGCACUUUGGUACUUCAAAAGAAUGGAAGUAAUGAGUAUUAAGCCUAAUGCUGUAACCUUACUAUGCGUUUUAUUUACGUGUAGCCAUGCAGGUCUAGUCAAGGAAGGUCUUCAAUACUUUCGGUCAAUGGAGAAAGACUAUGGUUUAGUGCCAAAAAUGGAGCACUAUGCUUGUGUGGUUGACCUCCUAGGUCGUGUGGGGCGACUCAAUGAGGCAUUUGAGUUUAUAACGGAAAUGCCAAUCGAACCGGAUGAAAUGGUAUGGCAGAGCUUAUUGGCUGCAUGCAGGGUUCAUGGCAAUGUUGAGUUCGGUGAAAUAGCAGCCAAGAAGAUUCUCUCUUUCUGUCCGGAAUAUUCUUCUACGUAUGUUCUUUUAUCGAACACGUACAUGGAAACAGGUAGUUUCCAAGACGGGGUUAAUCUGAGGAAAGUGAUGAGAAAACAUGGUGUUAGGAAGGAGCCAGGGUAUAGUUGGAUAACUGUGGAAGGUAGAGUCCACAGAUUUUAUUCAGGAGAUACAAAUCACCCCAAAAAGGAUGAUAUCUAUGACAAGUUAGAAGAGCUGAGAAGAACUAUGAAAAGUUUGGGUUAUAUACCAGAUUUGAAAUAUGCAUUGCAAGGUGAAGAUUGACAGGAAAAAUCUUUCGAGAAAUUUUAAUUUUUGAUGCGCUUUAAGAUGAAAAUAGAGUCCAUGAGAGUCAACAUCAUAUGAGCCGAUUUUGCCUACGAAGACUUUUCCACUUCAUGAUCGGUGGUUCCAAUUUUCAGUAAAACUAAAAGACAGGUGGUUUAGUGGAAGACAAAGACUUCUUCGGACUUCCAACUAGAAAAGGAAGUGCCAUAGCAUAAGGGUGAAUGCAUCGACGGCUGCGAUUGAAGCUGAGGUAAAUGUUCAAAUAUAUAUAAAUUCUAGAAAUGUGAAUUUUUAUUGAAACUGAAAAUGAUAGAGACAAAAUGUGUAUAGCUGUCAUAGUUCCAGGAUUGUGUUGCACGCACGGGUAGGCUUCUCCACAAAUAGAAUGCUCUUAAAUGUUAGAUUUUGUAGGUUUGUGUGCCUGGAAUUUCACUCACGUGUGUCUUUCAUAAUUGAAAGUGACUUUUCUCCUUCACAUGAAUGAAUGCCUACAUCUACAUGCAUGUACAUGUAUAUA